AUGAAAUAUGUCGGCCUUCCAGUCACCAACCUUUCUCGCCCUCCCAAUUCCGAAUAUCACCGUGUUCUUGCAUUCGGGUUCAACCCCGGGCUCAACGACUAUAAAGUAGUGAGGUUAGUAACGAUUUAUCGGCAGCACUACAUUGAAGUGGAGGUUUACAGUUUAAGUACACACUGUUGGAAGAGCAUUGGUGUACUUCCUACUUGGAUAAUUUCCAUGGAUUGGAGUUUUGGACAUGCAGUUUCUAAUGGGGUAGCAUACUGGAUUAUGCGAGCGGAAAAGGAUUAUAGCUUUCAUCUUGUGUCGUUAGAUACCGGCAGUGAGGUAUUUGAAAAAGUGUUACUGCCAGAGGCUACUUGGGAGAGCCUUAAUGUUGAUAUUUCCAAUGACAUUCAGCCUUACAAGGAGUCAGUUUGCUUAUUGAAAAGUGAGCUAGACUACCGCAUCGACAUAUGGGUUCUCCAGGAGAGGUGUUUAAACAAGCUGCACACUGUUUGGUUUCCUGGAAGGUCUCCUGUACCGUUGGGCUUUAAAACGAAUGAUGAACACCUUGUGAAGUACCGAAAGCAUGGUCGAUGCCAAUAUCUGGCUAUAUACAAUCUUCAAACGAAGAUGAGUACAGCUUGUUUGAAGAUAUAG